UUGAUGGCAAUGCAAAUUUUGUGCUAUGAUUUGAAAAUGUAAACAAUUUGCUUUUUGCAUUGAAACUCUGAAGUUUUUUUUUUUAGUAUGACAGAGUCUUUGCAUUUUUAAAAUGUCAUAUAACAAGAAUUUUUCAUUUGUUUUUAUAUACGGAAUCUAAUAAAUAUUUUCUUGAAAGCAAAAAAAGGACAAGAAAUACUACGCGUUUUUUAUCGUUUGAUAUUCAAAGUCCUAUAUGAAAUUUUAGUUAAUAAUUGAACUUUAACUCAAAUACACUAAUUUCAAACUAUACAUUUUUAAAAGUAGGAAUGUUAUACAAGUAAAGUAACGUUCAUGGUAUCAUGUUACUUUCUGCACAAUAUAGUUAAGAUUAUACUUCAAAAUGUCCGUUACAUUGCAUACAGAUGUUGGUGACAUGAAAGUAGAACUUUUUUCUGAACAGUGUCCUAAAGCAUGUGAAAACUUUUUAGCGCUGUGUGCAAGCGAUUACUAUAACGGAUGCUUGUUUCAUAGAAAUAUUAAAGGAUUUAUAGUCCAAACUGGUGACCCAACUGGCACUGGUAAAAAGGGUACCAGUAUCUGGGGUAAAAAAUUUGAAGAUGAAUUGAAGGAUGAAAUCAAGCAUAAUGCAAGAGGUAUGGUAUCCAUGGCUAGUAAUGGACCAAACACUAAUGGGUCUCAAUUUUUCAUCACCUAUGCCAAGCAGCCUCAUCUAGACAUGAAAUAUACUCUUUUUGGAAAAGUAAUAGAUGGUCUUGAGACUCUGGAUGAAUUAGAAAAACUACCUGUCAAUCCAAAGACAUUUCGUCCUUUGACAGACACCAGGCUAAAUUCAAUUACAAUUCAUGCGAAUCCAUUUGCAAAAUAAAGUGCUAUUCUUUUUACGAAUAUGAAUGUUUUAUUUUAAAAGAUUAAAGCAUUACUUAUUUUCAAAAGCAAGUUGUUUUAUCUUUCAUGAAAAUGUAUGACACUUUAAAAAUCUAUUUGGUAAAAUUGUAAACUUAUACAAGCUUAAUUGAUUUAAUGUGCCCUUCAUAAGUUAGAAAUUCUGUAUAAAAAAUUUUAAGUAUUUCAAUUGUAUUCAUAUUGUGUAUUAUA